AAAAAAGAAAGCGUGAUCUAUACCCGGAUUCGAGAUCUAUUCUCCUCUCUCCAAGCCUUACUUCUCCCGCCGCCGACCGAGCGCGGAAGGCGGAUGGCCGACGGCCGCGACGGCGCUGCCUUAUCAUCCUCCUCAUCCUCCUCUUCCGUCGACAAGGCCACUGGGUCUCAAGGUAACCCUGCCACCUCUGCUGCGGCCCCGUCCCUUUUGGAUGGUGCCUUCCUCCUCCAUCUCCUCCAGAAGACGCCUCAACCCGCUCGAGCAUCCGCCUCUACCCCCCAGCAACACUUCGACCCCGCCGUCGCAGUCGUAGGGCCUAGCCACCUGUUCCACCCCCACGAGACCCUUCGCCCUCCUCCGACGGGCUACCUAUCCGAGUUCCCUUUCUCCCCUACCCCUGCUUUAUUGUUGCCUCCAGGUAAUUUUCCUCCGGGGUUCCUUCGCCCGCGCGGUGGGGAUGUUAGGGCUGCUGCGGGCUCCGGGAACCGCCAGUUCUUUCCUUUCGAUCAACAGAGAUUAGGUUUUUCUUCGGGAGGCGUCCAGCCUCUUGUUGGUUCUCUUCAAAGAAACGAUUUUACUCAAAAUCAUGGUCAGUUUCUGAGUGAUACGAUUUUUGCCGAUCAUACGGAGGCAGCCAGGCGGAAAUCGGCUCUUCAGGGCCCAAAUGGUAGCAGUUCCGUGCGUGCGCCACCGGGGUUCCAGAGGUUACAAGACAGAGGCGCCACUGACCUCGGUACUGGAUCUGCCAACCGGAGUGUUAUUGAUGACAGGGCGACAAGAGACCAUGGGAAUGUGCAAGCAGAGAGAUCAAACGGGUUUUCUCAUAGGAACUACAGCUUGGGUACGACGCUCCAGAGGCCUACAAUGAAGAUAGGGCAAAGGAGGCAGACGGACCAGGCAUACCAGCAACAGGGAGGCAAGCAUUUUGACGCUCAUAUGGCAGAAAUCCACGAUCACGCAUCUCAUCCACUCAUAGCAGAUGCUCAAAGGAGAACUAUAUCAUCUGGAAAUUCUCAAGAUUAUAUGCAUUCCCUUGAGCGAAGUAAGCAGCAGAAUCAGGCACUCUCUGAGCUUACUUUUGGUAGCUUUCCACCUAAUUAUGUAGAAAAGGAUAUUGAGGAACUUGAUCAGGAUUCAGAGCAUGAAACUAUUGAAGAACUAACUAGCAUGCAAAAGCUGGAGAUCGAGGACAAUUACUCUGAAAGAAAAACUCCAGGUGAAGAGGGAUCAUCGGUGUCUGCUGAAGUAAAAAAGAUGGUGGCACCUACUAGCAUUUCAAGUUCGAAGGAUGUAAGGUUAGACUUGUACAGAGGAAAUCAUUUCUCAAGUCAGAGAAUGAGGAUUCAAAAAAGGGCAAUUCAAUGUCGCCCCAACAUUGAUUCAAUGACUCCAAGUUUUCUUUCAAUUUUUGAGUCUCUGGUACCGACAGAGGAAGAAAAGGCCAAACAGAAACAGUUAUUCUUGUCUCUAGAGAAUUUGGUGUACAAAGAAUGGCCAGAUGCUAAGCUGCAUCUUUAUGGAUCAUGUGCCAACACUUUUGGUGUCUCAAAAAGUGACAUUGAUGUUUGCCUUGCAAUCAAUGAUUGGGGCUUGAACAAAUCUGAUAUUGUGUUGAAGUUGGCUGAAAUUCUAGAGUCCAGUAAUUUUCAAAAUGUCCAGGCACUAACCCGUGCUAGGGUUCCUAUAGUGAAGUUGAUGGAUCCAGUUACUGGUCUUUCAUGUGAUAUUUGUGUCAAUAACCUUUUGGCAGUUGUUAACACCAAGCUCCUGAAAGAUUACGCACAGAUUGAUGAAAGAUUACGACAAUUGGCUUUUAUUGUUAAACACUGGGCUAAAUCUCGUCGUGUCAAUGAAACAUAUCAAGGGACACUUUCUAGCUACGCAUACGUUCUAAUGUGCAUCCACUUUCUGCAACUACGAAGACCUGCAAUUCUUCCUUGUUUGCAGGCAAUGAAUACAACUUACAGUGUCACUGUGGAGAAUACCAAAUGCACCUUCUUCGAUCAAAUGGAAAUGCUCCGCGACUUUGGCAUCGGGAACAAGGAAAGCAUUGCAAGAUUGCUAUGGGCAUUCUUCCAUUACUGGGCAUAUCAUCAUGAUUAUACGAAUGAUGUUAUAUCUAUUCGCACAGGGAGCAUCAUCAGUAAGCAAGAUAAGGACUGGACGCGGCGAAUUGGAAAUGACCGUCACCUGAUAUGCAUCGAGGACCCGUUCAACAUCUCACACGACCUUGGUCGGGUAGUCGACAAGUACAGCAUCAAAAUCCUAAGGGAAGAGUUUGAACGAGCUGCCGACAUAAUGCAAUACGACCCAACUCCCACCGUCACCCUUUUCCAACCUUAUGAACCAGGAUCCCCGCAGAGACAAAUCGGCAGGAGCUAGGUGAAUGCGAAUCAAUACUGAAUGCUAAAUUUGUAUAUUCCUCUCUGAGAAGCAGUGUUCUUGCAGCUCCUUUGUGUAUAGAUUGCACUAUGUUGUGGAUGGUUCCUAUUUUUGUAACUUAUUUUCCUAGGUGA